GCAGAGGACACACGCACACGGCGGCAUCAGGAACAGAGCGAGCCGGCGGGAGCUGAGGUUUGUGACACCGCAGUGCAGCUCGCAUGGCCGGCCUUCUCUCGGCUUCAUCUGAUACGCGGGACGUUAUCCGCUCUCGGGGACCGGAUUGCUGCCACUCACAGACCGGGGAGCCCUGCUGAGCUAUAUAAACUGGCGGCGUGCGCAGCCAGGCACAGUUGCCUUCGUGACCAAGGAUCAGCACCUCAACCUCAACAUGAAGCUGGCAAUCUUUGUGUGCCUAGUGGCGGCGGUGGCCGCUGCACCGCAGGACUAUUAUCAGCAGCAGCCAGAGAUCAGACUGCUGUCGUACCGGUUCAACUCGGACGACAAGGGCAACUACGAGUACGGCUACGAGCAGGACAACGGACAAAGGGUGGAGGAGGUCGGCAAGAGCAUCCCCGGCUACGAGCCGGAGACGGGCUCCAUCUCCAAGGUGGGCUCGUUCGAGUUCGUCUCGCCGGAGGGCCAGCAGUUCCGCGUGGACUACACGAGCGGCGAGGAGGGCUUCCUGCCGAGCGGCGCCCACCUGCCGGUGGCGCCUGCGCAGCUGCCCGAGUACCAGGCCCACCAGCAGCAGUUCCCGGAGCUGUACUGAGACGCCCGUUACACUGCCGGACCGCUCUGAACGUCUGACCCCAUCAACUGCCCCUGUGAUAACGGGCGCCGAUCUCAUGGUGCGCCGCCGACUAUCAUGUGUUUGCAAUCAAAGUGUCUGCUUUCAUGAAUAAACGACAACAUCAUGCUA